ACUGUGUUUGUUUUGUUGCUGGAGUUCUGAGUGAAAUGCACGAGGUGCGAACGUUUGCUCCCUGUAAAGCAUUUUUAUUUGACAUGGUUGCUUUUUUUUCGUCGCUUUAAAAUUACUUUGGAUUCAGUCAAACCAAUGUUAAAGGAAAAACGGAUCAUUCUGACAGUCAGAGGUGGAAUAAAAGGUUUUGAACAUUUCUAAAGAGACGAGUAUUUUUUCUGAUUGUGCAUCCGAUUAAUUUAUGAGUUGAUUUCGCCGGAUUGAAUUAACACCCGCUUGUAUUCUGUCAUUAGUAGUUACGGUUACUUUUUUUACAUGCCCAGAUUUAUUACCUUUGCAGAACCAGCUUUAUCCUUGUCUUCAGUCAAAGAACCAUAUUGCUGUUUAAUAUAACGCAUCAGAGUGAACAAACUUGUGCGCUUAUUAAAUUUUCUCGGAAAAAGAAGGCCAGCAAGCUUAGUCAAGAUCAUUUUUCUAUUGCUCAAGUAAUAAUAGUCAGAGUUUUUUUUCAUUUUUCAUUCCAUAGUUUGUUUUCCAGUGCACUGUGAAAGUUUCUGUCUUUUAUAAGAAUAACUUUCUGUACGCAAAUUGUCCUUUUCGCUCGCUGUAGAGAACGACAACUGCCGGCAGUGACUUCAAAACAAUUGACUGUUUUCCCGUAAACAAUUGCUGCAGCUGAAUUUGACUGAGGCGAGCAAAACAAACCCUUAUGUGCAAUUUUCUGUAUUUUCUAAUGAUCGACUGAGUUUAAUUUGCUUAAACGAAGACCCUCGCAUGGACCAGUUAAGCUUACAGAAAAUAGCUAAAUGGUGAAUCAUGGCUUGGCUGCCAAGUUGCAACUGAUCUUUUGCUUUUAAGAUCUUUAGGUAGGUUGUUUUCGCAAAGAAAAUUAGUUUCUUCAUUGUCAGCAAGAAGUUUUUGAAAUAAUGUAACUUUAACUUUGUUUGAAGGAAAUCCUACUUACGCGUAGGUUUUUGACAGAUGUUAUGCGUGUUGAACUUGACAACACAAAGCAAAAUUUAUAUAUCUGCGCGAAACGAGCAAGUUUAAAAAAACUAUCAUUGCUUUGAAACCGAUUUUUGGGAAGAUUUUACUAGAUAAAGAUUGACCUUUCUUCUGCCCACAUAUCAACGCAAUAACUGCUACAUUGAGGAUUUUUCUUAUAUUUUAGUGAUCUGCGAAACUACGAGUGUCCGAUCGGGCGAGGGUUUUAAAAUAUCAGCUCGAGUGCGACAAAGUUCAGUGACUUCAAACACAUUGUGGGCAAGCAUUAAUUUUUUUGGCCAAAUCACUGUCCAAAGAUAUGUUGUUUUUGUAUCCACAGUGGAGCUCUGGACCUUAUAUAUCCAGGAACUUCCUUAUAUGAACACAUUUUGUGAAUGCAUCUUGAAAAAAAUCGGACCUACGCAUGCAGAUUUCCAGUACAACGCAAGGAAAUUAAUGUCGUUAAAUUCCGUUUUACUAUGAGGUAUUCUUCAAGAAAAUUAAGUAACGACAAGGUUAUAACCACAGCUUGCAACUUUUGAAGAUAAACUGCCUGUCCUCUCCAGGUUAUGAGUGGAAACAUUUUAUUUUUAGGCAAUAAAAUAUUUGAAAUCCCGCCAUUUUUUUCCGCCCUGAAGACUGUAUUAGGGUUUUCUUUGGCGGGAAAACGAAGAGUCCAUGUUUUGAUCUUUUCAUCUAUUGGCUAACAAAACAAAUAAAGAACACUUACCGAAACCACUUUUCAAGGUCAUACGGAAAUCGCUCUAAUUAUUAAGGUGGUUCCGUCUGAACGGAACACCUAAACGCACGAAUUUUCAUCCGGCUGAAAAUUCGUCCGGUGCCGUGCGUGUCAACGUAGUCUGAUACUUCAAUUACUCGACCUUUGUUUAGUAGUCAUCUCUUGAGCACAUUCUUGGCAAACUAGCUCGACAUUCAUGCUAUGCUUGCUUGCUUCAUGAUUGUGGACGGAUUUUGAUGGUUUCGGGAAAUGUGUGGCUAUAGGUAAUGCAAACAAAAAGAAAAAUACAAAUUUGGCGAAAUUUUUUGCGGGUUAAUCACAUUUAGUUUGAACCCUAAGACAAUUCAACCUUUCCAAUUUCAUGUCUCCUUUAAUUAUGAGACCUUUCGAGGUGCACUUAACUCUCGGCUCUAAGAUGGUUAUUCUACCUUUGGGAGUGGCACUUAUGUCUCUCUUAGUGUCCUCCAUAUAGAGUUCAAAGAAAGUGACUGAAAAGCAGCGCGACCUGUGUGUGUGUCCCUUUUAUAGAGGUGUCUGAGAUUCUAUGUUUCGUUAACUUGCCAAUUUAGCCAAGUCCGCCGAUUUUUAUAUUAUUUAUUUAUUUCGUUUAUAAAUUGUCUACGUCAGGUUCGCGCCAGCCCUUUCCUUCCUUAAUUACUGGACGUUUCAUUUCCGUGCGUGUUAAUUUUUUUUCUUUUCUUUCGUCAUCAGCAUGGGUUGGCUCUCUUUCGUUCGCCUUCGGUUUGGUUGUUGCUCCUCUUGGAGCUUCUCUCAUCAAUCGCUUUGGUUGUCGUGCAGUAUCGAUGGCUGGAUGCCUCGCAUGUGCAUCGGGUUUAGCCGUGGCUUCGUUUGCCUCAAGUUUGACACUUUUAUUUGUUUCUUAUGCUGUUUUUGGGUGUGGAAGCGGCUGUGUUUUAGUUUCAAGUGUGGUAGUCGUUAGACGCUGUUUUGACAAACGACAAUCACUUGCUCUUGGAGUCUCUGCAGCUGGCCAAGGUCUGGGUACAAUGGUCCUCAGUCAAGUCUUACAAUCUCUUGUUACCGUCGUUCAUUGGAGAGAUACAUUGCGGAUUUUUGCCGCUGCUCUGUUUCUUAACAGCUUCUGUGGUAUCUUGUAUGAUGCCAACUUAACACAAGGGCACAUCAGUUCAAGUAGCGAUGAAGAGGAAGGAAGACAUAGAGAGAACUCCAAGAGUUUUACACUCCAUUGUUCAGUAUGGAAGGUUCCGGGAUUUCUUUUGCUUACAGCAUGCUCAUUUUUUUUUAUGUUUGCUCGCAUUACAAAUUACGUCCACUUGGUAAGAUAUGGGCGUUGCCUAAUUCCUUUUGUAAACGGUCUUUGCCAUUUUUAAUGGUCGAUGCCAGCAUUUGUAACCAAGCCUUUAGGGGCCGACCAUUUGACUUUUGAGGGGGGCAUGGGUAAUUUCAGAAGAAAUAUUCUGCAGACGGAUUUCAGGGGGAAAAAAAUCUUGAAUGCCUGCAGAAAGAGACAUCCUGCAUUAAAAAAAAAGAUCUGUUAAGGUCCGGGCUCGACCCUCGGUCGCGUUUUUCUCUCUUUUAAUCAAAACACUUUCAAUAACUGGUCAAAAAUUUCCAACGUCUCUUUAAAAUAGCAGCGACCGUUUACGAAAGGGACAACCGACUGCAUAGGCGUUACCUCGUCAAUUCAAGCCUAGUAAUGACCAGUUGCUUUGCAAGAAAACUGUAGAGAGAUCAGAGAAAAUUUAUUGGUUUUAAAUUUCAAGGGCAUUUCGACCCCAGUAUAUCAGCUCCAAAUCGUACAUUUUUGUUUACUUUGCAAAUCUCCGAGAAAUGUCGUGUUAGCACUUUUUUUUCACCUCUCCCAGGUGAAAAAAGAGCGUUGUUGUCGCGCGUUUGCGUUUUUGUCCCGCCCCCCGCUUUAUUUUUAAUCGUCCCAAUAUCUUGUUAUGUUGCCAUCAUAUGACACUUUUGAACGAGAACAAAUAACCCCAUGGUAUUUAGCGCGACAUUCUUUUCCAUACAGGUAAAGUUCGCGCAAGAUCUAGGAACGUCCUUCAGCGCAGCUUCAAGGCUUGUUCUUUACUUGGGAAUCACCGCAGUUGUUGGACGCUUUGCUGGAGGUUUUGUAUGUUCCAUUAAGCAGCUAAAGAACUUGUAUAUUUUACAAGGCGCAGGGCUUAUAAAUGGUAUCUCUAUGAUGCUCUUAACAUUAGCGCAAAGUUACUCACCUCUGGUUGCGUACGCGUUUACGUUUGGGUUCUGCGAUGGGGUAACGGCUACAGUUAUGAACAUCGAGGCUGUGACAUGCGUGGAUCAUUACAGAGCAGCUUCAUCGUUUGGUCACUUUCUUUUGACCAUAUCCGUAACAACACUAGUUGGACCGCCAAUAUCAGGUAAGGCA